AUGCUGAACAUCCGCAAAACAUUGAACCGCGUGCCCAGCUUCCAGGAUAUCCUACAAGGCAGGAUGACGCACCCCGACAUUUCCGUUGAUGUUCUCGUCAUUGGUGCAGGCCCAACUGGUUUGGGUGCUGCGAAGCGUUUGAAUCAGAUCAACGGCCCCUCGUGGUUGAUUGUUGAUGCCAACGAGACUCCCGGUGGUCUCGCCUCGACUGAUGUGACCCCUGAAGGAUUCCUCUACGAUGUCGGUGGUCACGUCAUUUUCUCCCACUACAAGUACUUCGACGACUGCAUCGAUGAGGCUCUUCCCAAGCCCGAUGACUGGUACACCCACCAGCGUAUCUCCUACGUCCGUUGCAAGGAGCAAUGGGUUCCCUACCCCUUCCAGAACAACAUCUCCAUGCUUCCUAAGGAGGAGCAGGUGAAGUGCAUUGACGGCCUGAUCGAUGCUGCCCUGGAGGCACGUGUCGCGGCCACCAAGCCCAAGACUUUCGAUGAGUGGAUUCUCCGCCAGAUGGGUGUCGGUCUGGCCGACCUCUUCAUGAGACCCUACAACUUCAAGGUCUGGGCUGUGCCUACCACCAAGAUGCAAUGCGCCUGGCUCGGUGAGCGUGUCGCUGCUCCCAACGUCAAGGCCGUGACGACGAACGUGAUCCUCAACAAGACCGCCGGAAACUGGGGUCCUAACGCUACUUUCCGUUUCCCCGCCCGUGGUGGUACCGGUGGUAUCUGGAUUGCCGUUGCCAACACUCUCCCCAAGGAGAAGACUCGCUUCGGUGAGAAGGGCAAGGUUGCCAAGGUCAACGCCAACAACAAGACCGUCACUCUGGCUGAUGGCACCACUGUCGGCUAUGAGAAGCUGAUCUCCACCAUGGCUGUCGACCAGCUCGUGGAGCAGAUCGGCGACAAGGAGCUCAUCGACGCUAGCAAGGAGCUCUUCUACUCCUCCACCCACGUUAUCGGUGUUGGUAUCCGUGGCGAGCGCCCCGAGAGAAUUGGAGACAAGUGCUGGCUCUACUUCCCCGAGGACAACUGCCCCUUCUACCGUGCCACCAUCUUCUCCAACUACUCCCCCUACAACCAGCCGGAUGCCUCCAAGAAGCUGCCCACCCAGCAGCUCGCUGAUGGCUCCAAGCCCAAGAGCACUGAGCCUCAGGGCGGUCCUUACUGGUCUAUCAUGCUGGAGGUUUCCGAGUCCUCUAUGAAGCCUGUCAACCAGGAGACGAUCCUGGCUGACUCCAUCCAGGGUCUCGUCAACACCGGUAUGCUCAAGCCUACCGACGAGAUCGUUUCCACCUACCACCGUCGCUUCGACCACGGUUACCCCACUCCCUCUCUGGAGCGUGAGGGUGCCCUCGCUAAGCUGCUGCCCAAGCUCCAGGAGAAGGGCAUCUGGUCCCGUGGCCGCUUCGGUAGCUGGCGCUACGAGGUCGGUAACCAGGACCACUCCUUCAUGCUGGGUGUUGAGGCUGCAGACAACAUCAUCAACGGUGCUGUCGAGCUUACUCUCAACUACCCUGACUUCGUCAACGGCCGACAGAACACUGAGCGCCGUCUGGUUGACGGAGCUCAGAUCUUCGCCAAGAAGGCUUCGCAGUAA